AUGACGGCCGCGUCGAAGCCGCGCCCCGGCCUCGACGUGCCCGCGCGCGAGGCCAACGGCGACGCCUUCACCCAGCUCACACAGUUCGGCGCCGGCGCGCUCGCGGGCCUCGUCAACACCCUCGUCCUCUCGCCGCUGGACGUCGUCAAAACCCGCCUGCAGGUCCAGGGCUCGGCCGCGGUCCCGCCAACCAACUACCGCGGCCUGUUCCACGCCCUCAGGUGCAUGCUGCGCCAGGAGGGCUUGAGCAGCUACUACCGCGGCUUGAGCGCAAGCCUGUCCGCCUUCGUGCCCAACUGGGCCAUCUACUGGUACUCGUAUGAGACAUUCAAACGCACGUAUACGCCGCGCGGCGCACGCUCGACCCCGUUUGUGCAUGUCUUCGCCGCUCUGUCAGCAGGCGCGAUCACCGCAGUCGACAUGACGUCGGCCCCUGCGCAUCGCAGAUACCGCUCCGUGCCACACGGCCUGCGCAAGAUCAUCGCCGAGGAAGGCGUUUCCGGCUUGUACAAGGGGCUCACACCGACACUGCUGGGGCUGGGCCAUGUCGCCAUUCAGUUUCCGCUGUAUGAGCAUCUCAAGAGCUCGCUUUCCGGCGGCAAGUAUGAGGAUCUCAAGGCCGCGCACGUCCUCAUCGCCUCCUCGCUGUCCAAGAUCGCCGCAUCCGCCGUGUUUUAUCCGCACGAGGUCUUGCGCACCCAGAUACAGGUCGAUCGCACCGUCGCUGCCACGGGGACAGAGCCGGCAAGAAUGGCCAGCUUGAUUAGAGACAUAAUCAGGAAGGAUGGCGCAAAGGGCUUGUACCGCGGCUUUGCCACCAAUUUGAUGAGAACUGUGCCUGCCUGUAUGCUCACGUUUACGUCUUAUGAGUUGGUCAAGCGUUAUGCACACAAGCAUGCGAUGAAGGGGAGGGAAAAUCUCGAUAUUGAUCUUGACCCUGCUAUCGAUUUAGAAGAUUCCCUGGCGAAGAAACGAAAGCCAUAG